GACAUUAUUCAACCCGGAACUGUGAAUGUGAUCAAUUAGAGCUAGAACUCUCCGAAAACUUUGAACGAAAUGUAACUCCGGAUCGCUCGAGACGAAUCAAAUCACGGUCGCCGUUUAGCGCAGACAAAAACGCAAAUGUUCAUCCGCCUCGCCGCUCCGUGAACUCCCAGAGUCUGAUUUUUCUUCCCGCUUUUAACAGGCUCUCAGACCUUCAUCAGUCAAAAUGCCUCAACAGAAGGAUAUAGUAAAGAUCGCCAUCCAGAUGCCAGGGGCGUACCCGCAGCUCAUUCAGCUGGACCAGAAAAAGCCCCUCACUUCGGUCAUAAAAGAAGUUUGUGAUAAGUGGAAUCUUCCGGGUCCUGAAAACUAUGCUCUCCAGUAUGCAGAUGGGAUCCAGACGUACAUCACUGAAUCUAACCGCCUGGACAUCAAAAAUGGCAGCAUCCUGCGCUUAACCAAAGCACCAGGCCGCUGUGCUGAAGAUCUGUAUAAAGGCAUUCAGAGCUCAGACUCCAACGUUCGCUGUGACUCCCUAAAUCUCCUGGCCAUAGUUUCCACUGACAUCACGUUUGCACAAGAGUUUAUCAGUCGCGAUGGACACUCCCUCUUGGUCAAGAUAGUGGAGGACGCUCAGGAGUCUCCUGUGAUCAUGACACACACACUCACUGCUUUCAUGGAGCUCAUGGACCAUGGUAUUGUGUCCUGGGAGAAUCUGUCCAGUGUUUUUAUCAAAAAGAUGGCCAGUUUUGUGAAUGCGAAGGUGCUGGACACGUCCAUCCAGCAGGUGUCGCUAGCCAUCCUGGAGAGCAUGGUCCUCAGCAGCAGCAGUCUGUUCACUGAGGUCAAGCAGGAGAUAACGCUGGAGAGGCUCCUUUCACAUCUGCAGGUGUACGUAGACUACACCAUCCACACUAGAACAAACCAGCAGCUGCAGACGAAGGCCAUGGCUCUGCUGAUGGCGUUGCUGCAGGCUGGAGGAGAAGCAGACAGACAGGAGCUCUUUGAAUUUCUUGAGAAGAGAAACCUGCGGCAGUACAUUCACAAGAACAUCAUCCACAGCUCCAGUUCAGUAGGAGAUGAAAUGGCCCAUUACCUGUACGUGCUGCAGACAGUCAGGCUGAACCACCUGGAGCCCCGCAUGAAGACUCCUCUGGACUCCUACAGCCAGGAGCAGAGGGAAAUGCUGCACGGGCUGCGUCAGGCAGCGUUCGAGACGGAGAGCGAGAGUGGACUGAGUAAUGAACGCAGACGCUCGCUAUGUGCUAAAGAGUUUAAGAAGCUCGGCUUUUCUAAUAACAGUAAUCCUGGUCAGGAUCUGAGCCGGUGUCCUCCAGGUCUACUGGCGUUGGACACAAUGGCAUAUUUUGCCUCCCGUUAUCCUGACGCAUACAGCCGGUUUGUGCUGGAGAACAGCAGCAGAGAAGACAAACAUGAGUGUCCGUUCGCCCGCAGCAGCAUCCAGCUCACACUCAUCCUGUGCGAGAUCUUGCGCAUCGGAGAACCUCCCUCUGAGACGGGCUCAGACUAUCACCCGAUCUUCUUCGCUCAGGACCGUCUACUGGAGGAGCUGUUUUGCAUCUGCAUUCAGCUGCUUAACAAGACCUGGAAGGAGAUGAGAGCCACGCAGGAAGACUUUGAUAAGGUGAUGCAGGUUGUGCGUGAGCAGAUCACCAGGACUCUGGCCAGCAAACCCACGUCUCUGGAGCUCUUCAAGAAUAAAGUGAACGCGCUGAACUACAGUGAGAUCCUCAAACUCAGACAGACAGAGAGACUCCACCAGGAGGAGACGCUUGCUCCACCUGUGCUUGAGCUGAAGGAGCGCCUGAAGCCGGAGCUUCUGGAGCUCAUCAGACAGCAAAGACUGAACCGUCUGUGUCACGGGACGCUCUUCAGGAAGAUGAGCAGUCGUCGGAGACAAGACAAGCUGUGGUACUGUCGACUCUCUCCUAACCAUAAAGUGCUGCACUAUGGAGAUGUUGAGGAGGAGACGGAGAUGCCCUCCAUCGAGGCGCUUCAGGAUAAGAUUCCUGUGGCAGACAUUAAGAAUGUGGUGACUGGAAAAGACUGUCCUCACAUGAAGGAGAACAAGGGAAAACAAACUAAGGAGGUGCUGGACUUGGCUUUCAGCAUCACGUAUGAUGUUGAGGAGUACAGCCUGAAUUUCAUCGCCUCGUCCAGAACAGACUUCUGCCUGUGGACAGAUGGACUCAGUGUGCUUCUGGGUAAAGAAAUGAGCAGUGAGAGCAUGCGCAGUGAACUGGAGAUUCUCCUCUCGAUGGAAAUCAAGCUUCGUCUUUUGGAUCUAGAAAACGUCCCGAUCCCAGACGCAGCUCCACCUAUCCCGAAACCCCCCAGCAACUUCAACUUCUGCUACGACUUCAGUCAGACCGAACAGUAACAGGCCAGACGUAAGCAUGAGGCUGCUGUUUGAGAAAGAGCUGAGGCUGGAAACAUCCGCUCAGAGGAAACGCAGGUACAGGAUUGCAGAUUGGGAGAUGAUGAAUUGGGUAUUUUAGAAGAAAGAGCACUUUGAACAGUCAGAUUGGGUUUUAUAUGUGGUGCUGACGGUGUGAUGAUGAUGAUGAUGAUGGAAGUGUCUGCAGUUAACAUGGCAUUGAGUGUUUUUGUUUGCGUGUUGUAUCUAACAUGACUUUUUUUUUUUUGCAUAUAAUAGACGUUCAGAAAUGCACUUUCUCUGCUCUUUUUAGCUUCUGCCAAAAUCAUACUAAAGGUGUUAUUUGUGAUGGAAAAAAGAAACGGUAUGAACGUUUGUGCUUUAGUGAUGUUUGGGAUACUCAGUCAUUCUCUUUAAUUAUAGUUACGUUAUAUAAACGUAUAAAAUGUACUUUUUUUCUUCCCGAUUUACAUGUUUAGCUUCUGCCAAAAUGGUACUAAAAGCCAUUAAAUAACAUGUAGCAGAUUAGUGAGAUAACAGAACAAUUAUAUAUAUAUAUAUAUAUGUAGUUUUGGUUGAAAAUCAGGAAAACUUAAAGAUUAGUAUAUACAGGGUUCAGACGGUCCUGGAAAAGUCCUGGAAUAUUGGAAAGGCGUUUUACAGGCCUGGAAAAGUUUUGGAAAAACCAAUAAACCCAAAAUGUUUUUGAAAAGUCAUGAAAAUUUGUUUAACAAAUAUCUGUGUACUUGAAUAUAUUUGAGAUAGUAAUAUCAGGUAAUCUCUUCAAAGCUCGCAGUUUUAGCUUCGCCUCUCUUUUACUUGCUUUCAUCAUAAUUUAAGAAAGAUUUUGAGUGUCGUGUCCAGAAACGAUCUCUAAUAACUACAGAGGUAAGAUACUGUGAGUGCUAAAGGCUCAUUUAUAAUACAAUAUACAUCAUUUCUAAAAUAUUUUCACACGGACGACAAGAUACUUUCUAAAAACUAUUUUGCAGAUGUAAAACUAUUUAAACUACGCAGAUUGUCACAUAAUAUUUGCUGAUAUGUUGUAAUAAAUCUGAACAUACAUUUUAUUUCUUGUUUACCACGUGUACAUGGACAUUACAUAAAACUUGAAUAUUUACCUCAAAGUUUUGGAAAAGUGCUGAAAUUUGAAUAGUAAAAACAGGAAUGAACCCUGUAUAUAGCGAUGAAAAACUAUUGUCAUCAAUCUUUUUUUCUCUUUGUUGUGUCUCAAAAUCUAAAUAAUUUGAGCAAAUAUUGAUUUCUUAACUCUUCUCAAGUUAAAAAUAUUAGUGAAACAAAUACAAACAUGUUUGAAACUCAACUGAUCUUUUUUUAUUUGUUUGACCAAUUGUUGUUUUACGCAAAGUAAAAUUGUAACAAUUCAUUUUUACAUUUUGAAGAAGCAUCAUAACAAAAAGUCUCUUAGGGUGCUUUCAAACUAGCACUUUUGGUCCACACCCGAGUUCGUUUCACGUCAGAGUACAGUAUGUUUAGCUAGUGUGAUCGCUGACUGCGCACUCGUGAACUUUACCCAAGUCUGCCUGAAAGAGGUUGUCUGGGGUACAGUUCGUGCAAACUCUAGUACAGUUCACUUCUGAUAUGAAUACAAUUGUACCAAAUAGUGGAAGUGAACUGCCAGUUCUACAACAAACUUUAGUUUUCAUAACGUCCAUUCGUGUGUGUUUGUCUGUGUAUCACCUACCUUGAUGACAAGUGGUACUGACCCAGUGCAAACAGUGAAAAUGUUUACUCGUCUCCACCAAAAAUGACUUCUGCAGACAUGGCGUGAUGAUGUUCUGAACGUUGUUAAUAUUUUUUGUGGCAGAGAGAUGCAAGUGGCUCUCUGUAUUUUGGGUUUUGAUUGCAAAAGCAAAAGAUUCAGUAAAAGCAGAAUGACUGUAAUUUUAGAAGGAAAAAAGACUGUGAGCUGAGAAGGUGGCAAGAGAGAACAAUCAAACUUGGGUUCAGUCCAGGCAAUUGAACCAAGUGUGAAAGCACUCUUAAUUUGUUCCCUUAACUGUAUAUGAUAGAAACAUUUGUGCCUUCAAUAUGUUUGGCAUUUAUAAAUGCUUCCAUUUUUUUCUACA